CAAACGGUGUCUCAAGUGGUUAUGGAAGAGGUGAACGAAGAUAAGGAGACGGUGCCUGAACAGCAUAAUAACCAAGUAGAGGAACCCCAAGACGAUGAGGAGGAUUAUGAGAAAGCAAUCACAGCCACAGGAUAUGGGUUCUUCCACUACUGGCUGGUUGCAAUUGGAGGAAUUGCCAAUGCCAGUGAUGCAGUGGAGAUCCUCUGCGUGUCCAUCCUUUUACCAGCAGCAGAGUGCGACCUUCACAUGUCCUCUAGUGACAAGGGGUUGCUCAACGCUGGGGUGUUUAUGGGUAUGAUGGUUGGUGGAUACAUCUGGGGAAGCUUAGGUGAUAUUUAUGGAAGAAAGAAUGUUUUGGUUGUUUCUUUGAUGGUGAACGCCAUUGCGGGAAUUGUGUCUUCUUUUAUGCAAAGUUUUCCAUUAUUCUUCACGAUGCGGUUUAUAUCUGGAUUAGGAGUGGGCGGCAGCAUUCCCCUUGUGUGGGCAUACGUCAGUGAGUUCCAGCCUGCAGGUAAAAGAGGGGGAGCUCUGAGUGUCAUUGCAGCAUUCUGGAUGGUUGGAAAUAUUCUAGUUGCAGUUUUAGCACUGGCUAUAAUUCCUUAUGAUAUCGGGUUUGUCAGUCCGUCCUUCAGCUUCAAUUCAUGGCGAAUUUUCCUGGUUGUAUGUGCCUUGCCUUCUUUAAUGUUGAUUUUCAUGCCCGAAUCACCUAUGUUUCUGCUGCUGAAGGGAAGACACGAUGAGACGAUUGAAAUUCUACAGAAAAUCUAUGAGCAAAAUACGUCAAAUCCUUCAAGGAGUUAUCCUGUGAGAAAAGUGACUAUAGCCAACAUUAAGAUCCAGACAGUUUCCUCAGGUAGUGUGUGGAAAAUUCUGAAAGACAUAUGCAUUCAGAGUUGGCGCCAAAGUAAUGCGCUCUUUAGCCGAUCCCUCCUGCGCAUCACUUUGCUUAUGCUCUUUAUUAAUUUUGCUAUUCAGUUUGGGUACUACGGACUUUGGUUGUGGUUCCCAGAGUUGUUUAAUCGUCUACAGUUAUACUAUAAUGACCAUCCAGGUGAUAAGGUAAGCGUUUGUGACCUGACAGACUUCAAGGGUAAUGAUACAGUGCAAACAUCGAAUUGCAAUUCAGGAGAAGAGGUUGUGGAUCCACAAGCACUUGUAAAUACACUGAUUAUAGCUGUGGCACCACUACCAAGCAAUCUGUGGACCAUUUUCUAUAUGGAUAGACUUGGCAGGAAAUUUUUCCUUGUGCUCAGCAUGGUGUUAUCGGGGGGAUCAGCCUUUGGCAUAUACUUUGUAAAAAGUACAACAGAUAACCUCAUUCUCAGCUGUGUUUUCGGUGCAGUUUCAACAAUGGGCUUUAAUGCCCUAGACUGCCUCGGAGCAGAACUUUUCCCGACACAUCUACGAUCAACUGCAUUGGCUGUCACCUUGCUUGCUGCUCGACUUGGUGCAAUAGCAGGGAAUUUGGUGUUUGGCAGUUUAAUUGAUGUGUAUUGUGCAGUACCAAUGUUUAUGGUUGCUUGCCUUUUAAUUGUUGGAGGUAUUAUGGGACUUCUGCUUCCAAAUACAACGAGAGUGGCACUGACCUAAUUUUAGUUGGUGAAAAGUAUCUUCUAAAGAUGAAGGAAUGUUUUUUCUUCUCUUUUCCUUCUUUUAUGGCUAAAUGUACUGUGAGAAUUUUUAAUUAGGAUAUUUUUAUUCAUCAGAGGUGCAAAUGCCCUUGUGAAGAGGGUACUGCUUAAAAUGCACAUUCCAAUACAUAUGUUUUGCUUUUUUCUUGCAAUAUCACUCAGGUAUUUGAUGCAAGCUCUUUUCACUUACAGAUAUGCUUUACUUGCUUUUACAUAUAUGUGGAACCCUCAGAAUCACAAGCUACUUUCUGCCAUAAGUAAAAAGUCAAUAAAAACAUGUCAAACAUCUUUUUACUUCCAAAAUGCUUUGAAAGCAAGGCAGAUGACCCCUUGUUUUAUUUUUUAUGUAUAUGAAAGCAUUAAUGUGAAGAUACAAAGACUCACAUAAAAAAUAUAAAUAACUAGGCAAUAAAAUUUAAAAAUCAAAGCCCAUUAACCCAUUCCAUGAGCAGUUGUUGUGCAAGUUGUGCAUGCAAAAUAGUUGUUUGCAUGUUUGGUUCUGAGAAAUAUAUGUUUACCCUAUUUAGAGAAUGGGGUAAGUGUAUGUUUCCUGUGCAUCUAAUUUUUUUACAUGAGCUGCUGACUUUGCAAUGUCUAGUGUGUGGGUCAAUAUGGUGUAGGGAAAUUCUGUCAUCAGUGGGUUAACUGUUGCCCAACAACAACAACAUGUACUCAUUUAAAUAGUCACAUUUUACUUCCCUCCAGUAAAGAUAAACUAUGUAUUGUAUGCCAUACCUUUCAUUACUUGGGUGCUGAUUUUAUAAGUAGAUACACAAAAAAUACAUCAAAAUCGUGAAUCAGCAAAUGGUCAUGAUGUAUUAUUCACUUGUAAGCAUAGUCAAGAAAGAAUGUGAAAGGGGAGGGGAGGAAGGGUUGAUGUCACAGGACCUAGUUCCCACAACAGCUUAUUCAUAUGAAACUUUGCCUUUUACAAUCUGAAACUCCAUAACAACUGAAAGUUUCUUUUGGUAAAGUUGGGCAAGUACAGUAUUCUUUUUAUACAAGUAUUCAUUAGUUCAGGUCUAUGGGUGAUAGAUUUGGUUUGUGUUAGUGCACUUAAGAACUCAUCCUGAUGAUUAGGACAUAGAUUUAAUAAAAUAUACAGAGCCCAUUAUAUGCAGUUGACUUACUCUACAGUUGAAGCAGACUUUGGAAUAUAUAGAAUUAUAUUUUUUCCAAGUGUGAUGGAAAGUAUUUUGUGGUUCUACAUACACUUUACUUGGUGUCACGUACAAAUGCACCAUAACAUCUGAUAGUCUGUAUACUUGCUUGCUUAAACCAGAUUUUUAAAAAUUGAAGAAAAAAUAUUUUUAUGAAAAUGAGAAUAUAUUUAUAUUUUACUGUAAGUUGUUUUAUAGAAAUUUGAAGGGACAGACCUUGUAUUAUUUUUUAAGCAUUUAAGGUUGUAUGAGUCUGUCAUUUCUAAUCCGGCAGGGUGCUGAGGCAUGCCUGGUGAGUGAAAAUACCAAAUCACAUAAGGAUUGCCUCUAAGCAGUAGAUGGUUGAAGUUUUCAAUCCUCAGUGGUUUUUCAAAACAAGACUUUUUUCUUGUGAUUAUAAUGGCUGUGUUAAGUGAAUGCAGGUAGCUGGAUUAGAUGUGGUAGAUGUUUAUUAAAAU